AUUUAGCGACCCGGAUAUAAACAACCGUCUAUAAUUUCACUUGUCCGAUGAUUUUAAUGUAAACACAACUAAAGGUUACAAGCGUGGUAUAGGAAGGUCAUCCUAAUUUCUUUCUCUCGACGUAUUUCAGAUUUUGCACUGAAGAAGCUAGUUGAUAGUUCUAUGCGCGUCGAUGUAAGUCGAGUAUCCUAAGAAGCUCCAUUCUAUUCUAUCAGCCUUCGCCUUCUGACUUAUCAAAACACGGAGCCUCAACAUGAAGAUUCUCCUAAUAAGGGGUUUGUGUAUUUUGGUGAUGGCAUCGCUUCUUCUCCAAGGAACAGAUGCCUUUUGGAGGAGAAGGCGAAGAAGAAGGAGCUCACCCACUCCGAAACCUAAAGAUACAACUCCGCCGGUGUUUGACGUGAAGUGCAACAUAUCCCUUGGAAUCAUUCAUACGGCUACCAUUCCCUUUGGGGUCACGUGGUCCGAGCCUACCGCUACAGAUGUUGAUAAACCCGCCCCGGUCAAACGGCAUGGGAAUCCACCUGGUGCUUUGUUUUCAGAAGGUGACCAUACGAUUACAUACCAGGCCCGGGAUAAUGUGCCAAACUACAGCCAGUGUUACGUCAUGUUCCAAAUUAUUUUGAUCAAAUGUAGCUCCAUCAGCCAUUUGGACCGCGGGUAUGUUUCGUGUACAAAAGGAAACCUUGUUGGAUCCUCCUGUCACUAUUCGUGUUUUCAGGGAUACACGCUCAGCGGUGGAACAGCCGAUAGAGUGUGUACUGAAAACAGACAAUCCCCAACCCUGCUAACAGCUGACUGGAGCGGGUCGCAGCUGAGAUGUGUCGAACUGACAUGCUCAGCUGACGUCGUAUCAUCUCCUCCUGAGAAAGGGAUCGUCUCCUGCACUCAAAGUAAUCUUUUCCAGAGUGUCUGUUCCUACUCCUGUGAUAAGGGUUACGAUAUACCCCUGGGUCAGUCUAGCAGCAGGGUCUGCACCUCAUCAGGAUGGACUGGGUCUAAACCAGAGUGCCAAGACACUGCAGGGCCUAGUUUUGAAGACUGCCCUCUAUCUCAGAUCCUUUACGCAGAGGACAGACAGGAGAGCGGGAUAGGAUCAUGGACUCCACCCACACCCAUCGAUAACUCUGGUGCCACCAUCACGGAUGUCACUCAUGAUGGUCCUGCCCCUGGAGCACAGCUUCCCCAGGGCCAUUAUGUAAUCACUUACGUAGCCCGAGAUGGACAAGGGAACGAGGGCACCUGUGUAUUUACAGUCACUGUUCAAGUCAUACGUUGUUCCACCAUGCCAAUCACCCCUGGUCUCAUUGUCAAUUGCGAGCAUGGCAACCUUAGAGGUUCGACCUGUGAAUUCACCUGUAGUCACGGUUACCGUCUCCAGGGACCUAGAUCAUCAUCAUGCCAAAAAGAUGGUUUCGCAGGAGUAUGGACGUCUCAACCUCCAGCUUGUGAAGUACUUCAAUGCUCUGCACUAGAGCCCCCAGAGAAUGGUGUGUUCCUGAACGGUCGACAUUGCCAGACAUCAUAUGGCUCUUCAUGCUACUUCGAUUGCUUGCCUGGUUUUAGUAUUACUAACAAUGUGCUCCGAUGUUCCGCACAGACAGGAAGUGAUGAAGCAUUCUGGGAAGGGAACUCUCCAAGGUGUGAAGUGGAAACCUGCGAGAGACCCGACCUUGAAGGACCGCUGGAAGUGCCUGAUGAUUUCUCAGUAUGUGGGACAGAGGUUCAAAUCCCUGCUGGAAUUGAAUGUGAAUUUGAGUGUAGCCAGGGGUACUUCAUACAAGGAGCAUCUCUGGCAACCUGCGGCCUUACCGGGUCAUGGGAACACCCUCUCCCAACCUGCAAAGUUGUUACCUGCCUAGCCAGUAAUCUGCCAGCUCCACUCCAUGGGGGUAAAAGUGGUUGCCCCCAUGACAGAGAGCUCUUCGGCAGCGUAUGCUCCCUCUUCUGUGACGUUGGACAUGAGGCGAGUGAGGCCACGCCUGUGAGGAGGGUGUGUCAGGAUGACGGGCAGGGAGGUGGAGUUUGGAGUGGAGGCCCUAUAUCCUGCUCAGUUGUCCAGUGCCUGCCUUUGGACAUCCCAUCACAUGGCUAUGUGAAUGGCUGCCAGCUAGCUGAUCAAGCUAGGGACCCCACCAUGAGACAGGCCUAUGGGACUACCUGUAUCACCCUCUGUAGUCAGGGCUACACUCCCAUUGGUACUACUACAAGGCGCUGCCUGGCUGAUGGCCGAUGGGAUGGUCUGGCACAGACUUGUGUUGAUUUGACAGCUCCGAAUGUACUUUGUCCUCCUGAUACUGUGCUCUAUGCAGACCCUGGCCGAUCAGUGGGUACAGUCAACUGGGAUCAGCUUGAACCAGUACAGGUAAACCCAUAUCAAAACUGA